GCGCUACACGAGAGAGGUGGCGUGGUUCGUGCAGUCCACCGCCAUCCACAAGCGUCGUGACUUUGGCCUCCCCACUAUUCCCGAUGACGAGGGCUACGAGGGUUCCUGGGGUUGGGGCUGGGGAGACACAGUUUGGGAUGAACCUGAAGAUCCACGAGAGGAUCCCGAUGCUGGCGUAGACAACCCAGAAGCCCAACCUGCAGAAGCAUCUGCCGGCACUCCGGCUCCCCCAGGUGCCACUGGAUCUUCCCCGAGCCAUCACGCUGAGGUGACGUCGCAAGCUGGCUCGGUGAAGCCCAGCAAAACGACUGAGGUUCCCAAGGCAGUGGACGAGCUCUCCAUGGCGGACUCCUUCAUCCUUGAGGUUCUACGAGGCUGGCGGUUGAUGCAAGCUUCGGGGUUGAAUGCCGAAGAACGUCGAGAUAUCCUCGCUACCACCAAGAACAGCAUGGAGUACAGUGUCAUUGCUGCAGCUCUUCAGAAUCUGUGGGAUGAUCAGCUGUUUGGACGUGGCUAUCAUUCACAUGUUCCUCACCACCAGGCCUACUACGCGGAUGCCAUGGACAACAACGAGGCCGACUACGCGUUCUAUCAAGAGGGCGAGGACUCUUGGUGGAGUGAUCCAGAUGGUUGGUGGUACGAGGGCAACUACAUGGAUGACUCCGGCCACUACGGCGAGGAUGAUUGGUGGAACAGCGAGUGGCCUCCGUAUGAAGCCCAGGCUCUACCCGAAGCUGAAGAUCCUGCCAUCCAGGAGAAGCUGCAAGAAGCUCAACAAGCUGAGAGGGUCGCUGAGGGCCUCGCGGCCGAAGCCACCCGAACUUGGGCAGAAGCUCAGAGAGCUACGCAAGCUCUCCGUCGCGACAGGGGCUUUGGAGCCGUGAUGCACAAGGGCAAGGGCUCGGGCAAAUGCUUCAACUGCGGAGGCAAGAACCGGGCUUUUGUGGCUGAGACUGAGGACUAUUGGGCCUACUUCAGCAACAAGGGCAAGGGCAAGUUUCGUCCGAAGGGCAAGAAGGGACCAUGGAUGCAAGCACAUGCCAUUUGGAACAAGGGCAAAUCCAAGGGCAAGCCAAAGGGAAAAGACAGUGGACGGUCCGUGAAUGCCUACUCCUCCGAGAUGUUCUUGGGUGGUUUGGAGUUCAGUGGGCUUGAGAUGGCAGCUACCCAGGCGGCAACUACUACGGCAUCCUCGAGCGACCACGACGCUCGCCACGGCAUGAUCGACUCAGGAGCAACGGCGUCAGCGGCUCCGGAAGCCGUAGUGAAGGGCUUGAUUAGCUCCAUUCUCACCCAGGACAAGGGAGCCAAGAUCGAGUUUGACCAGUCGGCGCGGCCAUACUUUCGGUUCGGGAAUGGGCGAUGGGGCCGGGCACUUUGUCGAGUACACUUAAGCAGUGUUGUGUCUGGUCAGUUGCGAAGCUUCUCUCUUUAUGUUCUUCCCAAUCCCGAUGAGUACUUCAAGAGUGGCCUUGACAAGUCGUCGUUGGUACCUGUUUUGGUUGGUAUGGAUUGUCUUGGCAAGAACGGUAUCGGGAUCUUGGUAGACGUUGCCUCUGGUCUUGCCAUGAAUACGUAUGAAGAUAAUCCCGAGAUCUACAAGUUACAUGUCAACAAGAAGGGCCACUUCACCUUUGACAUU